AUCACAUGCUUUACUGCAUCACUGAGGACAAAUACAAAUUUAUUACCUCAUCCUCAUCUUACGUAAUACAUUGGUUUAAAAAGACCAGCUACCGAGGUAGCUGCAAGUUAGUCACAGUUUCGUUCCAUCAUUCCAUCUUGGGACAUCUCAUCUCUACCAGCUCAAGAGACCUACCAGAGUCCAGAUGGCCCUCACCGGAAUCUGGUGCGCAUUUGUGCUUGUGUGUGUCACUCUGUGUCAGACGGGGAAGGUCGACUCUUUCGGAGGGUCGUCGGAUCUCAAGCUCGGACACCAGGAUAAACCAACAUGGCUCGAAACAUUACAGGAUAAACAGGUAUCCACAGACGACAAAUACAACCUCGUCUGGCUGCUGUACAAGCUUUCACAGUCACACCAUGACAACACGUUCAAAAUAAACUUCCACCCUCAUGGACCGGAGAGUGUCGGGAAACAGGAGAGUAGGCGCGAGACUAUGCCACACGACUCGCGCGUUCGUAAAGAAGGAUGCAAAGUGUUCUUCUGGAAGUCAUGGACCGCCUGCUGACCGACUGGUCUACUUUUACUCCCAAACAGAUGGCCUUCGAAUCGACGACAGCUUUCAUUACAAAUCCUUACCAGAUUGCCAAAGUUUUUACGAAAUUGUUAAUUUAUUAUAUAUUAUUUUUUAUUAAUUUUAAGUUACAUGGUUGUAAGGCUAUAGCCUAUUUAUCAAGUUUAAAUAAAAUCAGAAUUAUUUAUUAAUCGUUUGUCUCCAGAAUUAUACUUUUCUUUCAAUCUUUCUCUCUCUCACUCUCAAUUCAAUUUCAAUUUAAGGGGCUUUAUUGACGUGGGAAACAUGUUUAUAUUGCCAAAUCAAGUGAAAUAGAUAAUAAACAAAAGUGAAAUUUC